AUGCCGGCUGCUGUAAAGCGCCAAAGGCCUGCGGUCAAGUCUAGACUCGUGGUAGCAAAGCAGGAGGAAGGAACAACUAUGAACAGAUUUACACGCGUGUCCAAGAGCAUUCAAAGCACCGAAGAAAAGACAGAUGUAAUCUCGAAGCACGCAGUCACAACCUCCUCGGAAACCAAAGCAUCUACUUCUACCCCGUCGCGGAAACGCAAGGCUGUCAAGGCCAUUGUGGACGAUAGCGACUCUUCAGCUGAUGAGGCUCCGCGCACGGCUGCACCUUCCAGUACGCGAAAGACCAGCGAGCGUGACAUUUUGCCAGCCAAGCGCGGUCGUGGUCGUCCCCCAAAGAAGUCAAAGCCAGCACCUGUCUCUCUCAAGCGCGGCAGAAGUCUCAGUGUCUCCGAGUCCGAGCAGUCCAGCACCGACAAACUCUUCAAGCGACUUCGACUAGAAUCUUCGCCUUCACGAGACUCGUCACCAGUUACCGCGGCCACCUCAAUUGCCGACUCUGAGGCUGAUUCCGAGCUCGAAAGCUCCCCGGCACCAAAAUUACCCGUCGAGGUGCUUGACUUAAUAGAGCUUCAUGCCGCACUCCUCAAGACCCUGACGAUACACUACGCACACAAUGGCUCUCACGUUCCUGCGGAUCUUCGUAUCUUGUGCCCUAAUGUCUCUAGAGCGUGGGGCAAGAAGGCUGUGACUGAUGUAGACAUUCGCACUUGCCUGGGCAUUCUCAACUUGAAGACGAUGAAGCCCCUCUUUUCUCUAUCAGACUAUGGCCGCGGAAAAGUGUGUAUCGAGCUCGACCAGUCUCAAACGUCUGGACUUUUGGUUGAAAGCGAACUCAACCACAAGUUCCGAGCCAACAUUCAGUCUCUGUGGUCUCAAUCUCAAUUCAAUAAGCACAGAUCUAUUCCAACCAGUUUCAUACAAAGUCUGCCCCAGGCUAGCAUCGCUCUGUGCGAAUCGGUCACCAAAGCAUGUGCUGUAACGGCCAAAGGCAAACAGCGUCUUGAUGACUUGAAGCAGGGAAUUGCGGCAAAGAAGCUGGAGAAAGAGGCCAAAAUUGCACCAAAGUCGCUCUCUGCGUCGUCGCCAUCAUCCCUCACCAAUCCCGAUGGCUCCAAAAUGAGCCUGCUCGACCGCAUCCGGUUCAAGCAGAUGCAGAAAGCCGCACUCCCGGCAGGCCUCUCACCUGCCGAACUCGAGCGACAUGCAGCAUUUCAGCGCGUAGACGAAGUCACUGCACUGAUCGGCAUGCUCAGCCGAGCGAGCUCCGGAGGAAUGGGCCGGAUCUCAUUCACCAUGCCUGUCAUGCUGCAGAAGCUGAAGGACUCUUUCCGCAUGGGUAUCUCAAAGGAGGAGGGCGCAAUCUGCAUCAGGUUGAUUGCAAAGGAAGUGGCGCCUACUUGGAUCAAGGUUGUGACUAUUAGUGGGAAAGAGAACGUGGUGGUCGAGACAGACCAACAACUUAGCAAAGCGGAGAUCGCGAAACGGGUACAGAACUUGACGGUCAAAAAUUGA